AUGGCGUUCUCUGCCCGAAGCUUUCAGCGCAGUACCAGCAGCCACUUCCAGUCUGCAGCACCCAGUGUGAGUGGUUUAACCUCCAGGAAAAUGAGCAUCCAAAAGCUUCAGGCACCCAGUGUCUAUGGGGGAGCUGGGGGCUACGGCACCCGCAUAUCUACCAGCACCAGCCACGGGCCAGGCUUCGAGGGCAGCUUACAGCUUAGUAUUACUGGUAAUGACGUGCUGCUCACCGGCAACGAAAAAUCAACUAUGCAAAAUCUAAACGACCGACUGGCUUCCUAUCUGGAGAGGGUUCGCGCUCUAGAAAAGUCAAACUCCCUGAUUGAAAAGCAGAUCAAGGAGUGGUAUGAGAAGAAUACCGUAGACAUAAGGCAUGACUACAGCUCAUACUUUAAAACCAUUGAAGAUCUCCAAAACAAGAUUAGUGCUGCACAGCUGGAAAAUGCAAGGCUUGUCCUGCAGAUUGACAAUGCCAAACUGGCUGCUGAUGAUUUUAGACUCAAGUAUGAGAAUGAACUCCUGCUCAGGCAAAGUGUCGAGGGUGACAUUAACGGACUGAUCCGAGUUCGAGAUGACUUGACUUUGACAAAGUCUGAUUUGGAGUCUCAGAUUGAAAGUGUGACUGAAGAACUCGCUUUCCUGAAGAAGACCCACGAGGAGGACAUCAGCAGCCUGCGCAAACAGGUGGGCGGCUCGGUUAACGUAGAGGUGGAUGCUGCUCCAAGUAUUGACCUUGCAACUAUCAUGGAAAAAAUGAGACACCAGUAUGAAGAAAUGGCAGAAAAGAACCGUCAAGAAGCCAAAGAACGAUUUGAGAAGCAGACAGAAGAACUGAACCAGGAAGUAAAAAUCAAUGUGGAGCAGCUGCAGACGCAACGGACAGAGAUCACCGAGCGCAGACAGAUCUUCCACGGUCUGGAGCUAGAAUUACAGUCCCAGUUUGCCAUGACAAAGUCUUUAGAAGACACUCUGGCUGAAACCGAAGCACGUUAUAGUUUCCGGCUAACCCAAAUACAGGCAGCAGUUGCCAAUUUAGAGGCUCAACUGAGGCAACUCCGAGCCGACAUGGAGGGUCAGAACAGCGAGUACACGAUAUUGCUGGAUAUCAAGACUCGCCUGGAAAUGGAGAUCGCCACGUACCGCCGUCUGCUGGAAGGAGAGGACAUCGGACAUGUCCAAGUGGAUGUAUCUACAGUAGAGUCUGAAAAAGAAUCAAGUAAAACGAGGAAGAUCAAGACAAUUGUUGAAGAAGUGGUUGAUGGCAAGAUUGUCUCCUCUCAGGUCAAAGAGAUUGAAGAGAAGGUGUAA